CUCACGCCACUGCUCCCCCCACCCACCCCCUUCCCCCCCUCUCUCUCUCUCUCUUCUUUCCGUGUGAUCUGUUCUCUCGCUCCUUCGCCCGCUCGAGAGGGCGACCCGGUCUCCUCCUUCGAGCUCGAGUUCGGCGGGGGCGAGCUGCGUCCUCCUGCGGGUGGGGGAGUUGACCUGCCCGUGGUUAACAUGGCGACGGGGGGCGGAGGGGGAGGGGACGCGGGAUUCGGGGCGGCGGCGGGAGCCGGGGGGAGGAUGCCGACGUGGAGGGAGAGGGAGAACAACAAGCGGAGGGAGCGGCGGCGGCGGGCGAUCGCCGCCAAGAUAUUCUCCGGCCUGCGCUCCCACGGCGGCUACAAGCUCCCCAAGCACUGCGACAACAACGAGGUCCUCAAGGCCCUCUGCAACGAGGCCGGCUGGGUCGUCGAGCCCGACGGCACCACCUACCGCAAGGGAUGCAGACCUACAGAACGAAUGGAUGCAAUUGGGUGCUCGGUAUCACCAAGCCCAUGUUCAUCUUAUCAACCAAGCCCACGGGCAUCAUACCAUGGGAGCCCUACUUCCUCUUCAUUCCCUAGUGGCGCAUCUUCCCCCUUCCCCCCACAUUCUAAUAACACGGUAAAUGGUGUCGAUGCAACCCCAAUCCUACCUUGGCUCCAAACAUUCUCCAAUUCUACAACAUCAAACAAGCGUCCAUAUCUGCCCCCACUAUUGAUUCACGGUGGUUCGAUUAGUGCCCCGGUGACUCCUCCACUGAGUUCGCCAACUGCCCGGACCCCUCGUAUGAAGACAGACUGGGAUGAAUCAGUUAUCCAGCCACCAUGGCAUGGUUCAAACAGUCCAUGUGUUGUUAACUCAACCCCGCCCAGCCCUGGUCGUUCAAUGGUUCCUGACCCAGCAUGGCUAGCUGGCAUCCAAAUCUCGUCAACGAGCCCUUCAUCACCUACCUUCAGCCUCAUGUCCUCUAAUCCAUUUAGCGUCUUCAAAGAAGCAAUUCCUGUUCCAGGCAGCAAUUCGUCAAGGAUGUGCACACCAGGGCAGAGCGGCACAUGCUCCCCCGUAAUCCCCGGCAUGGCACGGCACCCGGAUGUUCACAUGAUGGACGUGGUUUCUGAUGAGUUUGCAUUUGGAAGCAGCAGCAACGAUGCUCAGCAGGCCCCUGGAUUGGUUAGGGCGUGGGAGGGCGAGAGGAUCCAUGAGGACUCUGGAUCGGACGAGCUAGAGCUUACGCUCGGAAGCUCCAGGACGAGGAGCUAAUGCUAACAAAGCUAACUUGGGAGGCAUUCUUGCUGUAGCUUAUUUCUUUUUCUUCUUCAUGUUGAUUAGUUUCUGAAAGAGAGACCAACCGUGUGGUUCCUUCAGAUAGCUUCACUUGCUGUGAUGAUAAUUGUGUUAUUUAUUUCUGUGAAACAAAGAGCUAGAGGGGGGAAGGAAGGGAGGAUUUGGUUCUCGGCCAAAAUCAGCUGAUACUAUCUAUGUAGCAUCCACAGCUAGUUACCUCACUUUGGCCUUAAUGUAAGCUCGCUGUGUUGUUGUUGUUGUUCUUGUUGUUGUUGUGACAAAUGUAAAUUGAUGUGAGAAAUCGUGCACAACUUGAGGCUUUUCUUCUCAA